GAGGAUCGUGACAAGAAGCGCCAGGCAGAAUUACAAAGAAAAGCAGAGAAUCGAGCUUUGGCAGAGGUUGAAGUGGCAGAAAUCACGCCUAAGUCUGCAGUACCACAGAAGGUGACAGCCUACCAGUUGCAGAAAAUUAAAGAAAAACAGGCAGAAACAGAGAAGGAAAUAAUCCAAACCCACUUAGAUGUACCCCUGGUUGAAAACCUCAAUAGAACAAUCGAUGAAGUUGUGUCUGCAAGUGGUGUUGACGCUGCAUUGUCUGCAUUGAGUGUCCAAGAUGACUCAACUGAUCGACACCCAGAGAGGAGAAUGGCUGCUGCAUUCAAAGCUUUUGAAACACAAAGACUUCCACAAAUUAAAAAAGAGAAUCCUAACUUGCGACUGUCUCAGCUGAAACAACUGUUACGAAAGGAAUGGCAGAAGAGUCCGGAGAAUCCUUUAAAUAAAAUACAACAUGAGGAUUAAUUUAUUAAUACAGUAUGUUACUGCUGAUAAUAGACUACCUGAUAACUACUUGCUUUUAAUGCAAGUGAGAGGAAGAAUAUUAUGUAGACAUAUUAAAACUUAAAUAAAAGAUAUUGUGCAGCUGUUUGAACUGUUUAUCCAUAGAAAGUACUUUCCCUUUUUAAAGCCUAUGGCAUUAAUACAAAAUCUUCCUAAAUUGUGCUAGGCUAAAGUUACAUACAUGUAUCUGAUAGUGUUAUAAUUCAAGUGGUGAUAUGCAAAUAUAUGACUUGGUUAACAUUUGAUGCCUAGAUGUCUUCUUAGAUGGAAUUUUCUGUUCAAGCAAGUUUAGCAUACAUUUCCUAACCUCAAUAAAUACAAUAAGUGACCAGAUCUGUGUGUGUCAGAUUUAGCUCAUUAUGAAAAAGCUUUUUAAGAGAGGGUACCUUGUUACCAAACACAAGACUGAACAAUUUUAUGAGUUUUAUUGUGUAAGAUAUGUGCAUCACCUGGUUAUCUCUUAUGAUGACAUGUUGCCAACCAGUGCUGUUUUCAAUUUAAUGUAGAGAUUGUAUAUUAGAGACAGUGGAAGAUGAGGUGAUCAGUCCCUUACUUUUGAUAGAAAAUAUUCAGUCCUUUAGCCAUAAUCGUCUUCAUAAUGAAAGAUACCCAGUGGUUGUGCAUGUCUUAUUCAUCAACUUGUAGUUAUUGUAUACCAUUAAUGUACAGUGGAACCCCGGGUUUUUUCUUUAAUGUGUUCCAGAAGGUCGUCCGAAAACUGAUUUGUACAAAAACUGAAGUAAUAUUUCCCAUAAGAAAUUAUGUAAGUCCAACAAAUCCAUUCCAAACACCCAAAAAUAUUAAAAAAAUUUUUUUUUAUAGAGAAUAACUAUAGUUUUACAUACAGAAAACAAUGAUAAAUAAAUAUAAAGCACUAAUGAAAUAGAUAAAUGAACAUUUAAAUCACUUUUAUUGAAGAGACUUGUUGGCGUAUGGAAGACGGCGAGGAAGGGAGAGGGAGAGGUUAUCUCUACCUCCAUCACUACCAACCUCUACCACAAUCACUUCCACUUUCUACCACCAUCACAACCACUGCCACCCUCUACCACCAUCACUACCACCUUCUACUAGUAACAAAGACAGACUGAGUCAUGAAUGUAUGCAUCCGCCUGUCCGCGGACAGGCGGAUGCAUCUGGUAUGGACGAUUUCCGAGCUGAUGUACGAAAACGGGGAAAAUUUUGCCGAAAAAAGUGGUUGAAAACUGCAUUGUACGAUAACCGGACCGGAAGAAAACCGGGGUUCCACUGUAAUGGGUAUUAUUUGAGUUAACUAUAGUAUAUCUUUAUUGGGGAGAGCUUUUUUUUUUAUGGUACAGUGUAUUUAAUCUGUUACAUCUUUGCAUUAUUUUUGUUAAAAUUUAUGGAAUCUUGCUACAGAUAUUUAUACUCUUGAAGGAUGAAGUUACUUGAUGAAGGUGAAAUACUCCUGAUCCAAGGAGCUGGAGAUACACACACCCUCUCUCCUCCCUGAAUCAAGCCUCAUUACCUCCAUUUCCCAGGCACUGUAUGACCCCUACUGGUUGAGUACCUCAUGAUAAUGAAAAAUUUAUUUGAAACUGAAAUUAGUACAGUACAUAGUCUGAAUUAAUAAGUUAAAUAUACUGCAACUGGUUAACCUGCAGCUGCAUUUAUUUGAAGGAUACAUAUGUAUCCCCCCUUAACCAAGCCUGAUAUAUAGGUGUAUAUAAACAUAUGAAAAUAAUUUGUGAACCAUAGCUUGUCAAAAGUCAUGUAGCCUUUUCCAUUUACGUAAAGAAUAAUUGAGGAUUUGCAGGUUUAGCACCUUAUUUGAUUAUAUUUUUUAUUCAUUUGGGCCAGUGACAUUUCAGUGUCGCUGGCUUGUUACUGUACGGGUCGCUCAUUGUUUAUCCCAGGGCCACCAACAGAAAGUUAAGUCUAAUCAUUGACAUAGGAUGGAUCAGCACUAACAUUUUGAAAGGUAAUGACAUUAAUUGAUGUUGAAAUUAAUUUCACAACUGUAAUUAGUAACUGGAUACAUAAAGCCAAGGUGUGAGGAUUAGAACAGGUGGUAUUUGGCAGUAUUGUAUGAGAAACCAAUAAACACGUCAAUUAGUACUAUUUCAUAUUAGGCAUUGAAUAUACAGAUAAAUUUGAAAAUUUUUUAGUUACAGUAUUUUCUAUUUACUGAAAUAAUUAUCCAAACUGAUUUGAAGAUCCGUGUUGAAGCACUUAAUUUUGAUAGUAACAGUUUUGCAGAAAAAAUAUUUAAGAUAUACAGCAGUAAUAUAAUGCAAAUAUUUCAAACCAUGUUUGUUAUUGUUUAAUUAUGGCAGCUCCAUCCAUGACAAAAAUGGCUCAAUGUAAAUGCCCUUCUAGCUUGUUCCAUGCACUUCUUUAUGGAUACUGGUUGCCUUCCCAGUACUGCAUUAGAUUCACCUCAUUUCUUCAUACAUGCUCUUCUGGAACAUUUAUUAUGUAGCUUCUCUGUAUCUCCACAGUUAAAGACUACAUGCUAUAUGCUCUUCAUUUUUUCAUCCCCCAGUUUCAUUACAUCACUAUUUCACAUAUGCAAUGUUUUUACUAUAUUUUUACAAAACUAUUGGUCUUGCAUAUCUUUGUUCAUUUCCUCCUAUCUGUAUGUUAAAAGUAAUCCUAAUUCUUUUACAUUUUCAUACAUUUCUACAAGUUUAUGGUGCCAGUUUGUUGCCAAAUCAUCAAUCCCAGUUCUUCAUUAUUAUUUUUUUGCUCAGUCUUAUAUGGUGAAAGUGUUGUGAUCUAAGCAGCUAAUAUUAUACCGAGGAAUUUAGCAUGAUCUAGACAUUUAUAGUGGAAAAGUUUCUUGACGGCUGAAGUGUUUUUAUUUUAUUUGUUAUAACGUGUGUGUGUGGUAUUUUUAUGAGAGUAAAAUAUUGAAGGUAUUGCAUACAAUUGUCAUUUUUUUAAUAUGCAGAAUGUUUUACUCUUCUUGUUUUGUUGUUGUUUUUAAAUUUUAAACCGUAUUAAAACUUGUAUUUGUACAUUAUUGCCCUCGUUAUGCUCUUUUUUUUUAUAAACUAGUAUGCAGCUUUUAAAGAUGAAGUUAAGGAUUCAGCUUUAAAAGUCCUUGUUAAUCUAUAAUAUACUGUCCUAUCAGAA